AUGUCCGACGAAGAACGCGCAACGCUGGGCAAGCGCGUGCGCGACGACGACUCGCCCGAGCCGGGACCCGCGCCGCCGGUGGACGACGACUCGGACGAUGAGAUCGGACCCAUGCCGGUGCCAGAUGGCGGCGACGACGCGAACGGCGCCGGCAACGGUGCGCGCAGGAAGAAGCGCGCCGUCCUCCCGCACGAACGGCUCUACCUGGAACACCUGCCCGAGAGCGACCGGUACUACAAGUCGUUUAUGCACCGCGACAAUGUCAACUUUGUGAAUGUGACAAAGACCAACUUUAUCAUCACGACGUCGGUGGACGGCCACCUCAAGCUCUGGAAGAAGCAGGACCAAGGGAUCGAGUUUGUCAAGCACUACCGUACCUCGCUCUCGGCCAUUGUGGCGUGCAGCGCGAGUGACGACGGUAAGCUGUUUGCGACUGUGAGCGCGAACGGCGAGGGACGCGUGUUUGACGUCGUCAACUUUGACAUGAUCAACAUUUUCAAGUUUGGAUACACGCCCAAGACGUGUUGCUGGGUGCACGAGCCCGGAGCGGGCCAGUCGAUGCUGGCCGUGUCGGAUGUGUCGAGCCCGACCAUCAGGAUAUACGACGGACGAGGAGACGGCCAGGCAUUGCACGAGUUGACAAAAAUCCACCGCGCACCGGUGCAUCUCAUGGCCUACUCGCCCAAGUUUGACGUUGUGGUGUCUGCCGACGAGGCAGGGUUCUUCGAGUACUGGCAGCCCAGCGAGCCGUGGGGUGUGCCCUCCAUCCCGGGCAUGUGGCAGUUCAAGUCAUCGACCGACAUGUUCCACUUUAAAAAGACCAAGACGAUCCCGACCAGCCUGACGUUUUCGCCCAACAACUCGCAUUUUGCGUGUAUCGCGCUGCCGUCUCGCGCGGUCCACAUCUUCAACACGCUCACGGGCAAGCUGACGCGCACGUACGACGAGUCGCUGCAGGCCAUUUCCGAGAUGCAGCAGGCCGGCACGGCAGUGUUCAAGCUUGACGACAUGGACUUUGGGCGACGACUGGCGAUCGAGCGCGACCUGGACCAGAACGAGAGUGGGCCCGGCGGCGCACUGCGAACCGCCACGGCCGUGUGGGACGAGAGCGGCAACUUUGUGCUGUACCCGACCCUCCUUGGUGUCAAAGUGGUCAACACGGUCACCAACAAGGUGGCCCGCGUGAUUGGUAAGGACGAGACGCUGCGUUUCCUCGACCUGUCCCUGUUCCAGGGCGCACCGGCCAAGCAAGGUAUCCAGACGCUGGCCAUGGCCGCGUCCACCAACCCGCUGCUGCAAGAAAAGGCCGCGCGCGACCCGACCUUGUUCGCCACCGCGUUCCGCAAGCAGCGCUUCUACAUGUUUGGCCGUGGCAAAGAGGAGAACGAGAAGAGCGGCGACCGCGACGUGUUCAACGAGCGCCCGACGGCCGAGGAGGCCACCGUCGUCGUCGUCGAGGAGAAGAAGGCGCUGCCGACCACCGCCACGAUCCACACGUCCAUGGGCGACAUCCACCUCAAGCUCUUCCCGCACGUGGCGCCCAAGACGGUCGAAAACUUUGUCACACACGCCCGCAACGGCUACUAUAACAAUGUCAUCUUCCACCGUGUCAUCCGCAAGUUCAUGCUCCAGGCCGGCGACCCCACGGGCACCGGAUCCGGCGGCGAGAGUAUCUGGGGCGGCGAGUUUGAGGACGAGCUGUCCCCGCUCGCCACGCACGAGCGCGCGUACACGCUCUCGUCGGCAAACGCCGGUCCCAACACGAACGGAUCGCAGUUCUUCAUCACCACAGUGCCCACGCCGUGGCUGGACAACAAGCACACUGUGUUUGGACGCGCGACCGGCGGCCUCGAGGUCAUCCACUCGAUCGAGAAUGUCAAGACGGACAAGAACGACAAGCCGUUCGAAGAGGUCCGCAUGAUGUCCAUCACGCUCGAAUAG